CCCACACGGUCCGCCUGCCUCUCUCGCUGCUUCUUCCUGCGCCCUGAGACUCUUCGCCCCGACUUGGAGAUGGGGAACAUGGCUUGCGUUCCCCAAGCGCCCGGCCGAUUCCGGUAUUCCUUCUCUAGGAAGCCCUCCUUCAAGAAAGAACAAGAGAGCAAGAAAAAACUGGCCGGGCUCUUUGGGUUUGAAGCAGAGCAGGAGAGAGAUGUGACUUCAGACAAAAUACUCCAAUAUAUCCCUGCCAAAAACUUUGCCAGCCAGGAGAACGAAAAGGAAAACUUUGACCAGCGCUUCUCCAGCCUAUUCAAGAAAGGACGGAGGAAGACGGUGGUGCGGAAUCUGGGAAAAAUAAUCCACUAUUCCAAACUCAAAUUUAAGUUUCAGCACUGCCAGGAAGCCAAUGACUGCUAUUUGGAGCUUUUUCAAGAGUUCCUCUAUUUUCAGGCACUCGGCCCCAACGGACACAAGUAUCAGGGUUUGCUACCCCUGACCGAACUGCAGCUGACCAAACUUGAAAACGAAAACGGAAUUCAGGAAGAUCUCCACGCUUUUCAAAUUGCAGUUCAGCUGGAGGUGGAAACUGGCACGGCCGGUUUUUCCGGCAGCCUUUAUCCACCGGCGGGCACCCUGGGGGUAGAGGCCCUUGGAGAGCUGCGUGCCACGAAAAUUUCGGUUUUCUCGUUGGCCGAUGAGUGUACGGGUCCGUCCAAAGUGACGAGAGCCUGGACUCAGGGCUUGCUGGGCAAGGAACAGCUGCGGUGGUCGAUGCAAAACGCCCACGUGCAGGAGUGGAAGGGCACCCAGCGCAAGUCCCUGGGCGACAUCCUUUGCGUCUCCAAAGUCAAGUUGCAGCAUUUACCUUUCCAGGAACAACAUCAUCGCCUGUUGGUGCUUUAUCCUUCCACGCUGGUUAUUGUAUCUGAAGAACGCAACGGCCUCUACUUCAAGGGUGAAUUGCCUUUGAAUGCCAUCCAAGUACAAUUUGAGGAAAACCAGAAGACUGCAUUUUUAAUAGAAGGUCGGCUAAUCAACUCUAUCCGGGUGAUUUGCUCCAGCUACGAAGAUUACCAAGAGUGGUUAUAUUGCCUUAAAACCGCUCAGUUCCGCCAUGCAGAUUCCUCCCUUUCUGGAUCGGAGAGCUUCUCUGGGUUGAAGCCUUCUCACCUGACACAGUUUUCAGGAAGCGGAAGAGGGUCACUCACCUCGGAGGGCAGAACGAAUUCCUGGGCUUCUGCUGGGAAGGGGCCUACGUCCACCCACCACUCCCAAACUAGCACAGCCUCUCUGUCCGAGAGACCAUCGGUCGACGCGUUGCCCCAGAAUUGGUUAGCUGAAAACCCUGUGCCGCAACCAGUCUGCUGCUCAGGAAAGCAAGGGGCAGGAAUGCCGAAAGCCGAGCUGAAAAGAAAAGGGAGUUCUCGAAAGUCCAAAGGGAAGGGGGUCCCGCCAUCUCAGCCCCCCCAGGGCCACUGGGAGGACUCCGAAAAGAAAAGCCCCUUCCCGCUCAUCUCAAAGCACCCCCAUGGAGAAGGAGUCUCUGCCGUGUACAAUGAGCCGUACUCAGCCCUGGCCCAACAGGAGCAUCCUGCCGUCCGCCCGCUGCACCUGGACUUAAACCAUCUGAAACAGUGGAACGUGCCACGGAGUCAGACUUGUCCAGCUCCCCAAACCUUGGAAAAUAUCUCUCUGUCGUCUUCCCCCAUGUAUGCGGAUCCCUACACGCCCAAUUCCCCCUCCUCGCACGGGGCCGCAGGCUCGUACUUCCUCGACGAGCUUGGGAGGUGUCACGGGCCAUCCACUGUGGAGCACCAGAAUGGCUACCCGGCCAUGCCAGUGUCCGUUCCCAUCUGCCACCAUCCUCUUGGCUGGAGGAGCUUUCAACCUUCCUGCGGAAAUCCCUGGCGAGAACCCAGCCUUGCACAGAGAGGCAAUGCCUCGGUCCCGGCCUUCCAUUUUGCCACAGAACCCGCACCAGAUGUCCAUUACUUGACCACGAGCACCUCGUCCGGAGAUGGCCUUCGGAUGCGUUCCUUGCCGACUUCAGAUGAAAACCUUCAGGCUUACAACCCCCCUGAAACAGGAGGGGAAUCGCUCGACUCGACAACGUAUCACGACUACGCUGAGCUGCAAAGCUUCCACGAGGACUAUAGCUACGACAACAUCUGGGAGACAGAGGUGAGGAAGCCGCUCCCCUCUGACCAUGAGAUCUACGAUUGCUAAGGGAAGCGUCCAUCCACUGAAGCAGGAAGAACGG